AUUAAGUCUCUAAAGAUAGACCAUCUGAUGUGGAAAUCGUUAUUUUUCAUCGAUUUUUCAUUCUAGUUAAAGAGGUAUAUAACGGCCCAUCCAUCCGGUCGACUUACUUAACGACUUCUUAUCUUUGCCCCGCGAACAUCAUGGAUGACGUCUGACCCGGCUUCACCGCAUUGAAACUUUGCUGGUCUUCAAGGAAUUUUCUCUGUCCAGAUCGGUUGAUCCUCCUUUCCUCUCCAGGAACCUGUUGGACCCUCUUUUUUUGUCGACUCCCUUUUCUGCUCUGUAUGAUCGUGACUAUCUUCCAUACAUCUUUUCUUGUUUCAAAUCGCCUGUUCUCGUGAGACGGCCAGCCGGAUCUGUCUGUCCCUUUCCACCUUUUUCCCCGACCGAAACCGAGACCGGGGUUGGAAAAAUCCAAAAAAAGGCGUUUCGACCAGGAAAAGAACUCUAUCCACCUUAAUCAUACUUCUACCCGUUCCUGAAUCAUCAGACGCUUUGCGACAAGGCGGAUAAAAAUAGGGGCACGGGAAAGGAACAGUCCCUCACGCAACUGAAAUACCGAUCGAUCGUUCUUGAAACCGCAAGAACGUUGUACACACCCUCUACUUACUUUCACCGGAAACUCGUCUCUUUUUGGCCGAGGUUGGUGGGAUCUGACUCUUGUUGGAGCCAAAGAAUCGGUUUUCUUCCCCUGGAUAUUGAUUGAUUGGAUUUGCCCGGCAUGUCGUCGUUAAGCCGCAGGGGCAAUGGCCACAAGAGCUACUUUGCUAGUUCUGAUGACAGCAGAAUAUGUGUCGUCAUGGUCGGUCUGCCCGCGAGAGGCAAGAGUCUUAUCGCGGGGAAAGCAAUGCGAUACCUAGCCUGGGUCGGCAUCCCAGCUCGAGUGUUCAACGUGGGAUCCUACCGACGAAACAACACCCCCCAGCCCAGCGCCACCUUCUUCGACCCGCACAACAGCGAGGGUGAGAAGAUGCGACGCGCGGCGGCCGAGUCCGCCAUGGAGGACAUGUUGCAGUGGUUCGAUGCCGGCAAGGGCGUGGUGUCGAUUCUCGACGCGACUAAUUCGACGCGGGACCGACGACGCUGGAUUCACGAGAGCUGCUCCAAAGCUAAUAUCGAGACGCUAUUCGUCGAGUCCAUUUGCGACGAGGAAGACCUCAUUAUGAAUAACAUCCUCGAGGUGAAGACCACGUCGCCGGACUACAAGGGGCAGGACCCUGAGAUGGCGGCUUUGGAUUUCCGCAACCGCAUCCGCAAUUACGAGAAGGUUUACGAGACCAUUGAUGAUAAUGAGAAGAGUUAUACCUAUGUGAAGCUCAUCAAUGUCGGGUCUACUGUCAUUAUCAACCAGAUCAAGGACUAUCUGUCGAGUCGGCUGGUGUACUACAUUCAGAACCUGCACAUCAAACCCCGCUCUAUCUGGUUAUCGCGCCACGGUGAAUCGGAGUAUAACCUGACGGGGAAAAUCGGCGGUGACUCGAAUAUCUCCCCCCGCGGGGAGGCGUAUGCGCAAGCGCUGCCCGGUCUCAUGAAGAAGUCCGGGAUACCUCCCAACACCAAGAUCGUCAUUUGGACUUCCACGCUACGACGGACCAUCCAGACAGCCCGACACCUCACGGCGGAGACGGGCUUCGAGAAGCUAGAGUGGAAAGCGCUCGACGAGUUGGACUCAGGUGUCUGCGACGGACUCACCUACGAGCAGAUCGCGCAGAAAUACCCCGACGAUUUUGCGGCGCGCGACGACGACAAGUACAACUACCGGUACCGGGGCGGCGAAUCCUACCGCGACGUGGUGAUCCGCCUCGAGCCGAUCAUCAUGGAGCUGGAACGCAGCGAAAACAUCAUGAUCGUCACCCACCAGGCCGUCCUCCGCUGCAUCUACUCCUACUUCCUCAACGUUCCCCAGGAGCAGAGCCCGUGGAUGGAGGUGCCGCUCCACACGCUCAUCAAGCUCACUCCGCGCGCAUACGGCACCGAGGAGCAGCGUUUCAAGGCGGACAUCCCUGCCGUGUCGACGUGGCGGGCCAAGGGCACCUCCGCGAAGCACCAGGAUUACCCGACGGAGGUUAAACCCUGAAGCAUUCGCCCACUCCUUUUAAAUACGCUGUUCUGGAACCAUGUUGUCCUACUGUAGGCUGGGCCUCUCUCUUUCCUCUCCCUCAUGGCAUCUCAUCCCCUCCCUCCUCUCCCCUCCUCUGUAUCAUGAUCCGCGGGCGACGAGGGCACUCGCGCGCUACUAAAAAGUUCGUUUCGGUACCUAUAAAUCCGCACCCCAACCUUUAACCUCUUCCUACACAUAUGGCCCUUGUCUUAUCUUCUCGUCAUGCGUUCUUGUUUGUACCACAUAGAGAAGAGCCGAUCCAUCGAUAUGGAGUUGAGUCGGAGACUUUUAUCCAUGCAUCACUACUACCUCGCGGUUGUUUGUUUUCUUGGGAGGUGAACCGGGCCGUUUACUCGAUAGAUAAUAUACAUUGAAUAAUGAUACCAUUAGCAAUACAAUAGUCA